AAGUCAUUUCCGGCGGGAGCCGGAAGGCCGUCCCGGAUGGCCUCGGGGGCGGCCUGUGCGUGGAGCUGAGUGUUGAAGCUGCCGGCCCGCGCCCGCCGGUAGCCUCAUGCCGCGGGCCGCGGCCGCCAGCCUCCGCUCGGAUUGGUGGCGCUAAGGCGCCGGGGCAGCGCGCGACAUGUCGUCGGGCCUCCGCGCCGCCGACUUUCCCCGCUGGAAGCGCCACAUCGCGGAGGAGCUGAGGCGGCGGGACCGGCUGCAGAGGCAGGCGUUCGAAGAGAUCAUCCUGCAGUAUAACAAGUUGCUGGAGAAGUCAGAUCUUCAUUCAGUGCUGGCCCAUAAGCUACAAGCUGACAAGCAUGACACACCAAACAGGCAUGAGAUAAGUCCUGGACAUGACGGUGCGUGGAAUGAUAGUCAGCUACAGGAAAUGGCCCAGCUGAGGAUUAAACACCAGGAAGAACUGACUGAAUUACACAAGAAACGUGGAGAGUUAGCUCAGUUGGUGAUUGACCUGAAUAACCAAAUGCAGCAGAAGGACCGGGAGAUGCAGAUGAAUGAAGCAAAAAUUGCAGAAUGCUUGCAGACCAUCUCUGACCUAGAGACAGAGUGCCAAGAACUGCGCAGUAAGCUGCAGGACCUUGAGAAAGCCAAUCAGACCCUGAAGGAUGAAUAUGAUGCCCUGCAGAUCACUUUUACGGCCUUGGAGGAGAAACUGAGGAAAACCACUGAGGAGAACCAGGAGCUGGUCACCCGAUGGAUGGCCGAGAAAGCCCAGGAAGCCAACCGCCUAAAUGCAGAGAAUGAGAAGGAUUCAAGGAGGCGCCAAGCCCGGCUACAGAAAGAGCUUGCAGAAGCAGCAAAGGAACCUCUACCAGUUGAACAGGAUGACGACAUUGAAGUCAUCGUGGAUGAAACCACCGAUCAUGCAGAGGAGACCUCUCCCGUGCGAGCCAUCAGCAGGGCAGCCACUAAGCGACUCUCGCAGCCUGCUGGAGGCCUUCUGGAUUCUAUCACUAAUAUCUUUGGGAGGCGCUCUGUCUCUUCCUUUCCAGCACCCCAGGAUAACGUGGAUGCUCAUCCUGCUUCUAGUAAAGAAGUGAGGGUGCCAACGACUGCAUUGUGCGUCUUUGAUGCUCACGACGGGGAGGUGAACGCUGUGCAGUUCAGUCCAGGUUCCCGGCUGCUGGCCACAGGAGGCAUGGAUCGGAGGGUUAAGCUUUGGGAAGUGUCUGGAGACAAAUGUGAAUUCAAGGGUUCCCUCUCCGGCAGCAACGCAGGCAUUACAAGCAUUGAAUUUGACAGUGCUGGAUCUUACCUCUUAGCAGCUUCAAAUGAUUUUGCAAGCCGAAUCUGGACUGUGGAUGAUUAUCGGUUGCGGCACACACUCACCGGACACAGCGGCAAAGUGCUGUCGGCCAAGUUCCUGCUGGACAAUGCGCGCAUUGUUUCUGGAAGUCAUGACCGGACCCUCAAACUCUGGGAUCUACGCAGCAAAGUCUGCAUAAAGACCGUGUUUGCAGGAUCCAGCUGCAAUGAUAUAGUCUGCACGGAGCAGUGUGUAAUGAGUGGACAUUUUGACAAGAAAAUUCGUUUCUGGGACAUCCGAUCAGAGAGUGUUGUCCGAGAGAUGGAGCUGCUGGGGAAGAUCACUGCCCUGGACUUGAACCCAGAAAGGACUGAGCUCCUCAGCUGCUCCCGUGACGACCUGCUGAAAAUUAUCGACCUGCGGAUAAACGCGGUCAGGCAGACCUUUAGCGCGCCUGGGUUCAAGUGCGGCUCUGACUGGACGAGAGUUGUGUUCAGCCCUGAUGGCAGUUACGUGGCAGCAGGCUCGGCCGACGGCUCUCUCUACGUUUGGAGUGUGCUCUCAGGGAAAGUGGAGAAGGUCCUUUCGAAGCAGCACGGCUCAUCCAUCAAUGCAGUGGCGUGGUCCCCGUCCGGCUCCCACGUCGUCAGUGUGGACAAAGGAAGCAAAGCUGUGCUGUGGUCGGAGUAUUGAUGGCACCUCCCUGGGAGAGAGCGGAUCCGAAGUCGGAGAGACACAUGGCCCUCCAGCUCUGUCCUGGCCGGGGGUGUGCUGGGUGUAGCCUUGACAUCCAGAGAAGAGCUUGGGCCAUGUGGUGUGGUGGCCUGCCUUGGCCAGGACUCCUGAGGAUUUUGGCUGAGGCCUCUGAUGCCCUGAAAGAAUAGCAGUGAAAAGAUCUGAGCCUGCAGCCACUUGCAGAGCUUCAGGCUCUUGCCUUGACUCGGGUGGGAAACACUACUGGCUCUGAUCUUCCAUACCUCAGUGGGGGGCGCACAGGCACCGCUGGUGUCCUCACUGGGCGGCAGUGCCAAACAGCCCGCACGGCCGGGUGUCGGGGCUCCCUCCGUGCUUCCUCCCGUCCUUCCAAAGCCAGCUGUGGCCCAGUGCAUGUCCCGUCCCCCCAGGCCGUUCCCGUGAGCUUGCUUUAAUCAGUGGACGAACAGAAACCGAACGCGCCGGCUCCUGCCCUCAGGUAGUCCACAGGGGCUGCCCUGACGUCUGAGGGGACGUGGGGUGUCGCCCCUGCUGGGCCGUGUCAUUGUUACGAGGCUCUCACUCCGCGCUCAUGUGGUUCCUGUUGGGAUUCCCGUAGAUGCCCUGCAGUGUUCUGGGACAGCGCCUGUUCUUCAGAGCUGCUGGCUCCCCUUCCCCCGCCAAUUCUGCAGACCUGUUUCUUGGUCAAGACAUAAGUCUCAGUUUGGUUAAAAAUAUUCUUUUGAGGUAAAGAGGAAGUGCAGAAACCUUAGUCCAGAGAAGUGGAUGUGCUGCAGGAGUGAGGAGCGUGUCCGUGUCCAUCUGUAAGGUCCCAGACGGUGCCCGCGCCACAGCCGUUCCUCACGUCCCUGCGUUCCAGUGCUGGUGACAAGGGAUUUGCGGCCUCCGAUGCGUUACUGUGGAGCCGGUGCUUCUGGGUCCUUGUCCCUUUGCCACCCACGUGCAGUACCCCCUUGAUGCUUUAGCACAGGAAGCCCGUUCCAGGGAGCCUGGGCUGUCAUCUGUAGGCUUCAGGAGUUGUGGCUAAGGCCGGGGAACAGCAGGCCUCUGGCAUUUUCUAGAACAUAUAUCUUCACCAUUUUACCUGCAUAUGAAACUGUAGUUCCUUGAGUGACUGAAACACCAAUAUUUUUAUCACUUUUUAGUUUGCACUUUAAUUUUUUCCCUUCUAAACUCGUUCUCUGGACGGUUGUGGAUGCACAAGCUAGGAGUGAGGGCGUGAGCUGCACUUCUGCUCGACAAGGGGCCUCGUCUCCCUUCUCCUCCUGCCCUCGUCCCCUUUCCUGUUUGCCAUUCAGAGAACUCGAAUUCACAGGCCAGGGCACAUCUUUUAUUUAUUUAAUUAUGUUGCCCCACAGAACUUGAUUGUAAAUAAAUAAAAAAGCUGUUAUAUACUUUUCAAACUCUA